CCCACUAAGAGGCCAGAGGGGAGGACAUAUGCUGAUUAUGAAUCGGUCAACGAGUGCAUGGAAGGUAAACUGACAGCCACCUAAACUGACAGAGCAGGUUAUGGAACCCACGCAGUCUGUGAGACCGUGCUGGUCCGCUGACCUCUAGGACACCACAGGGUAGUUAAGCAAACCAACGUUGUGGAGAACGUUAAUGCCGUUAGAUGGUCAACCGGUGAAUAUAUUUUCACUUUCACUAAUCUAUAAAUCUCUUUCCAGGUGUUUGUAAGAUGUACGAGGAACACCUAAAGAGAAUGAACCCCAAUAGUCCGUCCAUCACAUAUGACAUCAGUCAACUGUUUGACUUCAUCGAUGACCUGGCUGACCUCAGCUGCUUGGUGUAAGUCUGCACUUUCAAAUGUAUUGGUGGAGGCGUUCCAGGUCGCCUACGUUGCUGAAGUGUUGCACGGUGCAACCUUUCUGUGUAGGCAACCUGGAACGUCAACCAGGCCUAUUUGUUUUUUAGCCCAAUGAGUCUGUCUGAAUGAUAUCAAAUGCCAUAGAUUUUUGUUUGGGGAUGAAUGUAUUAAUAACCUGAGAUUUGUUUUUAAUUUGCGUUGGAGUUGUUGUUGCAUGCCUAUAACGUCUUUAUAAUCCACUAUAACCCCAUCGUAAUGCAUUAUAUCUGCAUGCUUUAAGUGAAGUGUCACCGAAGUGUGUACUUCACUUCUUCUGUUAAGAAACAUCCUAGGUAUAUGAUUUCAGAAACAUCCUAGGGUUAGGGUUUCAGAAACAUCCUAGGGUUAGGGUUUCAGAAACAUCCUAGGUAUAGGAUUUCAGAAACAUCCUAGGGUUAGGGUUUCAGAAACAUCAUAGGGUUAGGGUUUCAGAAACAUCCUAGGGUUAGGGUUUCAGAAACAUCCUAGGUAUAUGGUUUCAGAAACAUCCUAGGGUUAGGGUUUCAGAAACAUCCUAGGGUUUCAGAAACAUCCUAGGUAGGGUUCAGACAUCCUAGGGUUAGGGUUCCAACAACCCUGGAAACAUCCUAGGGUUAGGGUUUCAGAAACAUCCUAGGUAUAUGAUUUCAGAAACAUCCUAGGGUUAGGGUUUCAGAAACAUCCUAGGUAUAUGGUUUCAGAAACAUCCUAGGGUUUCAGAAACAUCCUAGGGUUAGGGUUUCAGAAACAUCCUAGGGUUUCAGAAACAUCCUAGGGUUUCAGAAACAUCCUAGGGUUAGGGUUUCAGAAACAUCCUAGGGUAAGGGUUUCAGAAACAUCCUAGGGUUAGGGUUUCAGAAACAUCCUAGUGUAAGGGUUUCAGAAACAUCCUAGGGUUAGGGUUUCAGAAACAUCCUAGGGUUAGGGUUUCAGAAACAUCCUAGGGUUAGGGUUUCAGAAACAUCCUAGGGUUAGGGUUUCAGAAACAUCCUAGGUAUAUGAUUUCAGAAACCUCCUAGGGUAAGGGUUUCAGAAACAUCCUAGGGUAAGGGUUUCAGAAACAUCCUAGGGUAAGGGUUUCAGAAACAUCCUAGGGUAAGGGUUUCAGAAACAUCCUAGGGUAAGGGUUUCAGAAACAUCCUAGGGUUUCAGAAACAUCCUAGGGUAAGGGUUUCAGAAACAUCCUAGGGUAAGGGUUUCAGAAACAUCCUAGGGUAAGGGUUUCAGAAACAUCCUAGGGUAAGGGUUUCAGAAACAUCCUAGGGUUUCAGAAACAUCCUAGGGUUAGGGUUUCUAUGGCCUCAUAAAGCUCAAUUUUGAUGGGGACACUCCGUCUGUCUCUCUCCAUUAGGUACUGUGCGGACACACAGACGUACCAGCCCAUGUUUUAAUAUAUCUUUCCGUCUGUCCGUUAGGUACCGUGCGGACACACAGACGUACCAGCCCAUGUUUUAAUAUAUCUUUCCGUCUGUCCGUUAGGUACCGUGCGGACACACAGACGUACCAGCCCAUGUUUUAAUAUAUCUGUCUGUCCGUUAGGUACCGUGCGGACACACAGACGUACCAGCCCAUGUUUUAAUAUAUCUGUCUGUCCGUUAGGUACCGUGCGGACACACAGACGUACCAGCCCAUGUUUUAAUAUAUCUUUCCGUCUGUCUCUCCGUUAGGUACCGUGCGGACACACAGACGUACCAGCCCAUGUUUUAAUAUAUCUGUCUGUCCGUUAGGUACCGUGCGGACACACAGACGUACCAGCCCAUGUUUUAAUAUAUCUUUCCGUCUGUCUCUCCGUUAGGUACCGUGCGGACACACAGACGUACCAGCCCAUGUUUUAAUAUAUCUUUCUGUCUCUCCGUUAGGUACCGUGCGGACACACAGACGUACCAGCCCAUGUUUUAAUAUAUCUGUCUGUCCGUUAGGUACCGUGCGGACACACAGACGUACCAGCCCAUGUUUUAAUAUAUCUUUCCGUCUGUCUCUCCGUUAGGUACCGUGCGGACACACAGACGUACCAGCCCAUGUUUUAAUAUAUCUGUCUGUCCGUUAGGUACCGUGCGGACACACAGACGUACCAGCCCAUGUUUUAAUAUAUCUUUCUGUCUCUCCGUUAGGUACCGUGCGGACACACAGACGUACCAGCCCAUGUUUUAAUAUAUCUUUCCGUCUGUCUCUCCGUUAGGUACCGUGCGGACACACAGACGUACCAGCCCAUGUUUUAAUAUAUCUGUCUGUCCGUUAGGUACCGUGCGGACACACAGACGUACCAGCCCAUGUUUUAAUAUAUCUUUCCGUCUGUCUCUCCGUUAGGUACCGUGCGGACACACAGACGUACCAGCCCAUGUUUUAA